UGCUCGCGUGUCUUUUAAUUUGCUGAGCGUUUCCUAAAAGGAAACACGUCACGAGUGAGCAGGACCCAGAGCAGCUCUUGUGUUGUUCUUCAUAGUAAUGUCAUGUUCAGAGUGUUUUGAGAGCGACAUGAGCUCCGCGGGGAUGAUCCAGACUCAGAUCUCCGCGAUCAUGACCGUGCUGGCGAAGGCGGCGGUGGCGGAGAUCAGUCAGCUGCUGGAGGAAGAGGCUGCUGCUCUUCAUCAGGAGAUCCGGAGGAGAAACGAGGAGAUCCAGGGACUGAAGACUCGACUGAUGCUCACGGAGACUGAACUACAGAGAGUCAGUGCAGAGUCACAGAGAUGCUCCGUCGGCGUUCAGGUGGAGAUCAUGAUGGACACGAGUGUAACGGCCCAUUCUCGGGAAGCUCAGGCUGAGAAGGUCAUUGUGAAGAACCUCUCAGAGGAGAAACCUCACUUUUCACAUUCGGCGGACGUGAAUUCACAGCAGCUGAAACAAGAAGAGUCUGUAACGCCACUGAAGGAGCCUGUGGAAGAGGAGCUCAGCAGACUGGAGUUUGCGAUGAAGCUCGAACAGGUGGAAGAACUUGUGGAUCAGACACCGAAUCAAGUUCAGGCGGAGCAGAAGCGUGAAGGACAAAACAACUGUGAUGACGGAAACUCUCAUUUAUGGUCUUCAGGGAAAGCAUUUGACCAUCCUGAAAGUCUUAUGAAGUCUGAGCAAAAUUUCCAGAAUUUAACAGAUCCAUAUGUGAUGAUGGAGGAUCCGAUGACUACGUCGACUCAGUCCGGUUUAUUGGCUCCCGGUGUUGUUCUGGAGAACGAGAGCUUUGGCGCUGCAGACGUUGAGUACGGCUUGAAUCUUCAGGAUUCCCACAGACGCUCAACCAGAUCUGACUUGGCGCCAUUUAACAGACUUCCAUCCUCACAUUCAAGCUCGUGUUUGCCCAAAGCGCUCACACGGAGGCCGUGUGCAGGCGGGCAGAUGGGCCCCAAACCCUUCCGAUGUGAGGAGUGUGGCAAGGGCUUCAAGCAGAAGACGCGGCUCAUAACACACAGACGAGUGCACACGGGUGAAAAGCCAUUCCGGUGUGAGGAGUGCGGCAAGGGAUUCUCAGAGAGGAAGAGGCUGACAACUCACAGACUAGUGCACUCGGUUGAAAAACCCUUCCGGUGUGAGGAAUGCGGCAAGGGAUUCACGCAAAGAACGUGGCUCAUAACACACAGACGAGUGCACACGGGUGAAAAACCCUUCCGGUGUGAGGAGUGCGGCAAAAGCUUCUCGGAGAGGAAGAGGCUGUUAACUCACAGACUAGUGCACUCGGGUGAAAAACCCUUCCGGUGUGAGGAGUGCGGCAAAGGCUUCACGGAGAGGAAACGGCUGUUGACUCACAGAGUAGUGCACACGGGCGAAAGACCCUUCCGGUGCCCGCUGUGUGAUAAGACCUUCUCCAGACAGGACAACUGUCUCAGACACAUGCGCUUGCACAGCGGACAGAGAAGAUGAACAUGGACAUGACCGCACUCACACGAGGUUUUCCAUAUGUCUCAAAGUUAGAUUUAUACAAAGAUAUUUUUUUUUGCGCCAUAUCUUGGUUUUUGGAACUUUUUUUUCCUUUUUAAUUUGGGUGGCAUCUUUGCCCCAAACCCCUGUUAAUUUCUACCCCUGGUGUGUGAUGGCGGAGAAAAAGAGCCUUGCCCUCUUCUUUUUGUAAGGCACUUUUUAAAUGAAACUGGUGAAACAUAGCAAAAGCCGCUACUGGUGCAAUGUCAAGUAUAGGGAUUGAUCGUAGUUGAUCUGUACAGACCAGGUGAUUCUGUCAAGUUUUGGCAAAGAUUGAAAGUUUAGCAUUUGCACGUGUUUUAGGUCCUGUCAGUAUCUUGAUUCCCUCUAUGAAAACAAUCACAUGUUGUAGAACAUUCCUGAGUGCCACAAAUGUUCUUUUUCUAAAGUUUGCAUGCCUGUAACUCAAGAAGUAUCGAAGAUAUCUCGCUAUGAUUUUACAUUCUGGUUCUUGGCAAACUUUUCUUUUGGUAUGUUCAUUUUUAAGGCCCUAUAUGUUUCAAUCCCAUAGAUAUGGCAAUCUCAAUGCAGCUCCAUGUCCAAAUUGUUGUAACCAUUUUUAAUGGUCGUAAACCAAAUGUACAGUUUAUACUUAUUGCUUUUAAAGGGGAAUGUCUGAAGAAUAAAUCAUGUUGAAACUAGAAAUGCAUCUUGUUUCCCUCUAUCAAAACAAUUGUAUAGAACAUUCCUGUCUGAGUGCCGCUGAAAUGGUCAAUGUUGAGGAACAUUAACUUGCUCUUAGUAUUCUGUUCAUAAAAUUCUAGGUUUUAAUCCAUUUCAGAGAUAUUUCGAAGAAGGGAUUUUGUUCAUUUUAACAGCUUCUGAAGCUACUAAGAGUUUGAAUCAUAACUACAUGUUGUAAACAAGUUUCAUGCCUCCUAGGAGAGUGUGUUUGCUCUCCACACACAUUGAAUUCACAUCAAUAAACCAUGUUUGGCCUCACCUGGAUUGUUUAAUUAUUACAAUUUCCUAUUGUUAUGACAUUUGGUGGAAUCACUGAUAAUACCUCAAACUUUGAAACAUUAAAGGGUUACUGUUCUUAUUUGCAUUUAUGUGGUCAUAACUGGAUAAAAACAAUCACAUUUGGUUUUCAACCAUUGAAAAUGGAUCAACAAUUUGAACAUGGAGCCGCAUUGAGAUCCCAAUAUCUCUGGAAUUGAACCAUAUUGGGCCUUAAAAAUUAAGUUUCCAAAAGAGAAGUUUAUUAAGAACCAGAAUGUAAAAUCAUAUUGAAAUAUCUUUAAUACUUUUUAAGUUACAGGUAUACAAACUUUGGAAAAAGAACAUUUAUGGCACUCGGGCAGGAAUGUUCUACGCAAUGGUUUUGAUAGAGGGAAACGAGAGACAGUUGUAGUUUGAAUGUUAUUUGUUCUUCAGACAUUCCUCUCUAAAAGAAAACAAAGUAUAUGCUGUAUACAAAGUGACCCACAUUUGGUUUUUGACCAUUGAAAUGUGUACAAUUCAGCAAUUUUUGGUUGCAGAAUGUGGUUCGCAUGUUUUAAUAACUGCUCAUCCAUCCGUGGAAAUUUUGUCUCUUAAAUCUGCUUUGAUUUUUCUGAAACAUACAGCAAAAGUAAUACUGUCUCUUUUUACUCCAGAUAACACAUUGCAACAUUCUAGUGGUUUCCGUCAGUUACACUUGGAAGUUUCAUUGUACGUGAAUAUUUAAUGAGGGUGGUGCUAUUGAGAUUAUGAUUGGUUGUCUGUAACUAAAAAUUUUAAUAUGUAUUUUUUUGUGCCUCAGUUCAGAGUCUGCUUUGUUUAAACUAGCGGUUUCAAAUUGCAGUUGCGAAACUGCGCUUAACCCAGAGUUAAAAAAUGUCCCAGGUUUUUUAAAGUUAAGUUAACCCAGGGUUAAGUGCAGUGUGAGCAACUGAUCCGUUGAGCGACGCUGACAGUGUGAAUACAUUUACCUGCUUAUUGAUGCAUUUCUGCAGUUGAGCUGUGCUAUUUAUGAUUUUUAAUGUUUAUUCUUUCCACAUUCACAUUUCUGCAUCACAUUUUUUUCUCAUUAAACACUCUUAUAUUCAAAGUUAAUGGACUUAUUAACAGCUUCAUUUCUGUUCAUGACUGUCUUAAUGGGAAUAUUCAUGUACCAAUGUGAGAAAAAUACACACAUAUUGGCUAUGAUUUUGAAUACUAUUAAAAAAUAUUAUUUGUACAGCGAUCUUAUUUUGUACAUAAUCCAAUAUUAUGAAAUUACCAUUUCAAAGAGAACAAAGUUUUAUAUAUUUUAGAUCAUGGGAGUUAAAUGGGUUGCAAAUGUGGUUUCAUGUUUUUUAUUUAUUUAUUGUUAAUAACAACCAAAAUAAACAAUCAGGUUAAAAUAA